CACUCCCUCCAACCCAACCCCGCGACCCACAUCCAGCUUCACGCUUCCCAUCCAUCAGGCUCGGAGUAUUUUCCAACACCCAUUUUCUCCGGUUCUUCUGUCACUUUAUUCUCCGUCGAUUCUUGUCGGACGUGUGUACUAUCCGUCUUCUUGCGUUUGUCGCAUUCUUCCUGUCUACCUCGACGCACGCGCUGCAAGGCGACGUUCAUCGUUGCAACCCGGCCACCCCGCCUCGAGUCCUCGUCACCUUGUGAACCGCCUCUUCUACACGCAUCACUCGCCUCUUCUUCGUCAGACUCGGACCUUAAAACUCGCACAGAAGCGGAGCAACGAACAGUCCACCCAUCCGUCCGGCACACGGGAGAAAGAGACGAAAGAGAAGGACAACAUCGACAUUCCACCAUAGCAGCAUGGCGCGCUCCUCGGUGCGCUCGCGCUCCAUCCGCGAGACAGAGCGGGUGAUUGUACGCUCAAACUACUACUGGCCCGACCAACAACUAAACGCGUGGAUCCUCGUCAUGCUCGCGACGGGCGGCACGCUGAUUGGCAUCUUCGCCGUGUUCGUGAUCGACCAGCAGCAGUUGGGCUUUGGGAUUCCAUGGAUCCUCCCCUACGGCAUCACCGUCGGCUCCCUCACCGUCCUCUUCAUCAUCGCCAUGCUCAUCCUCAUCUACCAGCGCCGCCUGCUCCCCGGCGUCGUCAUGAUCGGCGCCUUCGUCCUCACCGCCCUCUACAUCACCGGCAUCGUCGAGACGGCGCUGCAGCUGUUCGGCCCGGCUUCGGACAUCAGCAGCCAUUGCCAGACUUAUGUCUUUCAUAACCAGUUCCAUGGAGCGAAUCUCAAUACCCUCGCGUGGUUGCAGCAGAAUAGCACUUGCCAGAGCUGGCUGGCGGUUUUUGCGUUUUGGAUUAUUGGUGCUGUGUUUUUGACGUGGUUGGUGAUUCUCGGUUCCAACGUUGCAAGAGGCGUGAUACAGCCUCCACCAGAAAUCUAGCAUGCUCUGUUUGUUUGCUGUCCAUCCUCGGAGCGUUCGGAUUAGGAGUAUCCGAGAACAGGUCUACAAGCGGUCACGACAUGCGUGAGUGCAGGUUGCAAUGCCUCAAAGAAAGGAUUGAGAAUGGGCAAGACGCCAUAUCGACGUGCGUCGGGUUUCUAUCUACCUCGGGGACUCGAGGAG